AUGGUUAGCAAGAAUGAGGUGAUGCAAUUGCAAAUUGACGCGAUGGCUGAUAUGAGUCGAGAAGAAAAUAGAGGACGCCAAGAAAUGCUCCAACUCUGGGGGAAGACCAUCAAACAACUCUCCGACAGAGAUGAGGACUUCACGAAACUUGGACAAGUAAGUAUGCAUCUGGUAGCUGCUGUGUUCUAG